AUGAGUAUAUCAAAUUCAAGCGAGCAAGCUAAUCAUAAAAAUAUGGAGGAUGAUUUAAAUUUAGGAGAAAAUAAUAAUAACCAUAAUUUUAUAUCUAAUGAUGAUGGUAGUUUUAUUGAUGAUAAUAAUAUAAUUGAAGAUGAGUGUAUUACUCCUAAGGAUGAUGAAGAAAAUAUAAAUUCAAAAAGAAAAAAGAAAACUGGAAAAAUGAAUAAUGAGGAGAAUAAAAAUAUAAGAUUAGGAAGAAGAAAUGAUCAAUCUAGAUGUGAUCAAGGGAAUACAAUAAAUUAUCUUCAACAAAAUAAUAAUUCUAAUAUUAAUUCUGUAAGCAAUGCCUUACAUAAUGUAAUAAAUGAAGUCAUGAAUAGUUGCGUGGAUCACAUGAAUAAUAACAAUAAUAAUAAUAUGAAUAAUAGUAAUCAUAAUAAUAAUAAUAAUAAUAAUAUACAUAAUAUUAAUAAUAAUCGUUCAACCUUUAACAAUUUAAAUUUUAACAUGUUCUCUCUUAAUAAUAAUAAUAAUAAUACUUGUAACUAUAACAAUGAACCAAAUAAUUAUUUCUUACAAGACGGAGUACAUGCAGAAAGUAAUAACGCCGACGAUGACGAAAUUAUUGAACAAAACCAUGUUGAUCAAGAAGGACAUGGACAUGGACAUGGACAUGGACAUAGAAAUAGACACAGACAAAGACAAAGAAGACAACAAGAAGGUGAAGAUAAUCAUCGAAGUAUAAAUGAAUUACAAGAUGACGAAAAUUAUAAUAAUAAUAAUAAUAAUAAUAUUAGCAAUAAUAAUAAUAAUCCAAAUGAUGAACAGAAUACUAGCGAAAAUGACGAUCAUAAUAAUGAUGGAGAUGAUAAUAAUGAAGAUGAUGAUGAAGAAAAUGAUGAACUUGAGGAUGAUGAGCAUGGCGACGAUGAUGAUGAUGAUGAUAAUGAUGAUGAACAUGAUGAUCAAUUAAAUUUACAACAUCUUAAUAUGAUAUCAUCAUAUGAAAGAAGAAAUAAGGUACAAAAUAGAAUUAAUCAUCAAAAUAAUAACAACAGUAUAAAUAAUAUUAAUAAUAAUAAUAAUAAUAAUAUUUUUGUUAAUAACAUACAUAAUAAUAAUCAAAAUAAUAAUAGUUUAAAUCAACUUAGUGGUGUCCAUAAUAAUAAUGCGAAUCUUUAUAAUGAUUCAGGAGAACCAUACAAUUUAUCAAAUAAUAAUUCAAGUUUAAUUCUUAAAAAUGAUAAAAAAAAAAAUAAUAAUAAUAUUAACAACAACAAUAAUAAUAAUAAUAAUAAUAUUACUAGUAAAAAUAAUAUAAACAAUAUUACUGGUAACAAUAAAUCCUUAUCACAUAUUAAUACCUUAAAUAGCUCUAUUGUAGAUAACCUUACUCAGUAUUUACAAAAAGAAUUAACAUGUCCAAUAUGCUUAGAUUAUUUCUAUCUACCUGUAACGAUGAAUUGUGGACAUACGUUUUGUCGUUAUUGUAUUGGACAUAAUAAAUUGAAUGGAAAAAAUUGUCCAUUAUGUAGACAACCUUUAGGAAAUACCGCUUGUAUAAAUACUAUAAUUUCGAACUUGGUUCGUAUAUAUAAUUUAAGAAGAAAAUCUUUAAAAAUAUAUAAAUCCAUAGAGAUUGUUAAUACUGUUGAUGAAAUGUGGUGGAAUGAAAAUUUUAUAAAACCUCAAGUUAGUGUUUCUUUAUUUUUAAGAAUAUUUUUACAUGAUAUGAUCUCACCUCCUAUAUUUUUUGAUGAUCUAACUUCCUGUGUUAUUGAUUUCUUUACUGUAAAUAAACUAUGGUCCAAAGCAAAAUGGGUAUUUAAUAUAAAAGAUUGUCGAGUUUUUUCAGAACUUAUUGGUUAUGAUAAAGAUGAUAAAGAGACCACUAGUGAAAGAUUACAUGCAUGGGUGGAACGUUAUAUAACUCAAAAUCCAUCUAUGUGUAUGAGAAAAGAUGAAAAAAUUAUUUUAAAAUUAUAUCAAGAUAGAACACAUAGAAUAGAUAGCCAUGUUUUUGAUUCAUCUGUUUUACCUAAUCGUUUACCAUGGGAUGGAGGUAGACAUGCAAAAAGCUUAAUACAUAUGCCACAUUCAUCCGUAUCUUUAUCACAUUUAUUAUUUGUAAAAGCAGAAAAUAAUAAUAUAGGUGUAGUAGAUUGUGGUUCUACUAUUGGUACUAUGAUCAAGGUAAAUAAUUAUCAUGUAUUAAAAGAAGGUGAUGUAAUACAUAUAGGAGAUAGAUUAGAAGUAACAGUAUCCAUUGAUAAAAAUACGGCAGGCAUGCCAUAUAAAGGAUAUGUAUGGAAUAAAAAUGCAAAUAAAGUAUUAGAUAGACAUGAAUUAAAUGAAUUAAUUAAAAUGGAAACAAAUAGUAAUCAAGAUAUUUUCAUAACAGAAGAUCAAAUACCUUCUUAUUGUGAAAAUAUAGAAUCAAACCUAUUAAUUAAAUUUGAUUUUGGUACCACCAAAGAAGAAAUUACACCGAAAACUGAAUAUAUAGAUCCUA